CUAUAACCCCAAGUCCGAUCCUUGCCAAAAAUACCGGUGACCGGUGAAAUAUCUCGGUUCGCUAAAAAUCUGUCAUGGUGGCGUUCAACCCCGCGGGCGUACAAAGCAAUGAUUCCACAUAAGACUGAGCUCCCCCUGCACAUUGUACUCUCACAUACCACCCAAUUUGUCAUUCCUCAGUAUCAAAUAUAUCCUCAAAAGUUUUAUAAAUAUCCUUCAUGCGUAUCCCAACGUUCCCAACUCUCGUCCGUACCUUCUAUACAAUCAGCAAUUAUACCCUUUCUCGCCUCCCAGCAACACAAUAUAAAGCCCUGCAACCUAUCACUCGAGGAACUGUCCUGAGAUCAAUGCCAACCAUCCCAUUUCUAUCAUCUUUCUUUGGUACUUCAAGCUCUCAACAAAUGUCUUAUCCAGUGCAAAAGACCGACGAAGAAUGGCAAGCUGUUCUUUCAAAAGAACAAUUCCGAGUCCUCCGUAAACAAGGCACCGAAGCCCCCUAUGUUGGCAAAUAUGACAAACAUAUGCCCGACUCCGGUGUCUACACCUGCGCCGGCUGCGACGCCCCUCUAUACAAAGCUUCACACAAAUUCAAAUCUGGUUGUGGAUGGCCCGCCUAUUUCGAUAACAUUCCUGGCGCCGUAACAAGACAUACAGAUAGUACUUUGGGUAUGGAGCGAACCGAAAUUGUAUGUUCAAAUUGCGGAGGCCAUUUGGGACAUGUGUUUAAAGGUGAAGGUUAUAAGACACCAACGGAUGAGAGACACUGUGUCAAUAGUGUGAGCAUGAAGUUUGCCCCGGAAGACAAAAUCGUGGAUGACGCGAAGAAUGCCGGAGAGAGCAAAGUUUAAUGUGGAAGUGCUGUAUGAUACCAGGGGGUGAUGUUAGUCGAGCGAGGAAGCCGAUUGGGAAGGAAUUGUAUGAUACCGAUGCGAAAGACGAAUAAUGAACUAGCAAGCGCUACCUGUAUUCAUAGUUAGUUGACCAGACCUUAGGAGCAGCAACAAAUGUCCUGCAGAAUGAAUUUCAUUCUGCUUUACAUUUAUUUUGAUCAUUGCUGGUUAUCUUAGUCGAUGCCGGCUUGUUUUGCUCUGACAUGCUUGCCGUUCCUUCACUUUCUGUCUUGAGUAGUAUGAUUUAUAGAUCGUUCAUUAUAUACCAACUGGUUUUCUUUCCCUUCUCCCGCAAUAAUUGUUUUCAUCUUCGAAGAGGUCACAACUUAUUCAGAGCCAUUAUCUUCAUGUCGCCUCCCAUACUAUUUCUAUUUCGGCUCACCUUGUAUCCUGGCUAUUACUCAACCAUGCGUACCUAACAUAUAUCACCGAGCUCUAUCACGAUCCCAAUAUCG